AUGUGUGCCGUGGCGCCAACAACACAUUCUUUUUUACAUAUACGCAUGCGCGGCCUGCGCGCGCAACCCGUAGUCGCCGAGCGCUUGCGCGUCCUGCGCGCGCAUAGUUUUCUUAUAUUAGUUUCAUUAUACCACAGGAUUAUGGGCGACUCUGGUAUUAUUAAAGAACAAAGGAAAAUUGCAUCAGGACUCCAGCACGAAAACAAUUUCGGUAAAACUCUGGGUCAGUCCGUAAUUACAACGGCUAUUACUGUGAACGAUGAAAAAUUUGAUGAUAAUGAACUCAAAAAACUUUUUGUGAAAAAUUUUAAUUUAUAUAAAAAUUUAGAGCGAGAAAGAAAUAAGAAUAGGACUGUUGAGAUAAUAAGAAAAACAAGGGGCGCUAUGAAUAGUACUUCUUACCGCGGAAUGGAAUGUCUUUCGUGUUUUGCAAAUGGAACUUCGGCGUUAGAUGAAAAUUGUUAUAGGGGAUCUUCACUCCUCAAAAAAGAAUGUGCAGAAACUGAAGUGUGUUUUACAGAAAUUAAUUUUUCUUUCAUUAGAAGAGGUUGUAUUGUUCCCAAAAAAUUAAACAGGACGUUUGUGUGUAAAUGUUAUUUAUGCAAUGAUAAGCCAUGGAAUGAUUCUACUUAUUACGAUUAUAAUAAAAUCAGUGACUGGGGAUACGAUAACAUACGUUUUCAAAAACCACUGGCAGGAAUAGAUUUAUUAUGCAAAGUUUGUGAUACUACAGGAACUAGUGAAGUAUCUGAUAAAAAUUGUAGAUUAGGUCGAGAUGCAGACUACAUGGUUUGCGGACGCAAUCAAUUAUGCUAUGUAAAUAUUGACAAUAAACUAAAUUAUGUAUCUAGAGGGUGUACACAAAUGCCAGUGUUUAAUUCCAUGUAUUAUUUAUGUAACAAAACAUCAUGCAACAGUAAAGAAUUUAAAAAUCCUAAAUCAAAAACUCAUUUAAGAGAAUUUGUAUAUAGUUUUUUGAAUAAAAAAUUGUCAAGAUCUAGAAGUUAUGUAGUUAACAUUCAAUACAUAACAACGGCUAUUUUACUGAUUUUGAGUGUUUUUUAUCUGUAG